GUUAGAAAUUUGUUCACUCUUUCAUUACAAAAUAGCUUCAGUUUGGGCCUGAUUGAGCCCGUUACAUUUUUGUCCCCAUCUGCCUUUUCUUAUCCUUUAGCAAUCGGUGGUAGGGUUUUCACCGUCUCCAUCUCCACGCCUCAACCUGAUUUUUCUGUCGGCACCCUUUUUUUUUUUUUUUUAAUCUCUCAAUUCCAAUUUCACCAAACUAUGGCGGCGACUAUCUCAAUUCCAAUCUCUCAAGGGGUCCUUAUCCAUUGCUCCAAUGAUCUUGAGUCUCUAUUUCCGCUAAAUGUCAGACUGUUGGGUUCAAAUGGCGCGUGGAAUGUCAGACUGUCUCGGCGCUGAUCUGCUUACCAGAAAGCCAUUUUGGUCGGCCGUUGUGAUGGGCUUUUUCAAGCUAUGGGUUUCCUUUAAUCGCCUGAUCGUAAGAAGCAAGAGCCGCUUCAGGUGGUGCAGCUUCUGAUCUGUUUGUGCCGGGAACGUCGGUGGUGCGCUGCGGUUAUCGGUGUUUAGCCUGCAGAUGCAAAGUUUUCGGUCUACAGAAACGUGGGUAAGCAGUUAGUAUUCAUCAAAAAACUGUCUCUGGUGGCGGCCGGUUAUUACCUUAUUCCAUAUUAACAUGAUCUUCUUAACUGCCACCAGUUCAACCUUGAUGUGCCGACUAACAUGGGACUUGCGGUUACUUUGCUGGGAGCCUAUAAAUUUUGCCGACGAGAAAUUGCUUUCAGACUUACGCCCUUAUCAGUUAACAAAGCAGGAUGGCGCCUCAACUGUUGAAAGAUUUAGCAACUCAUUCUCGAAAAUGGAUCAUUCAAUGUCGUGUCUCUCGGAAGUGGAUCGCAACUAACUGCAACUCAGGAAAAGUUCUGCAUUUGGACAUGGUGCUCAUCGAUUCCGAGGUAAUCUUCGAACUUUGUUUAGAAAGAGUAGCUACAAUGAUAUUACGGCUGGAACUUAUGUUUAUUUGUUUACAAAUUAGGGAUCAGAUAUUUGGGCAAUGGUUCCUCCACUGUUGAUUCCGAAAUUUCAAUCCAGUCUAAUAGAACAAGAAGUGUAUGAGAUUAGGCAUUUUAAGGUUGCAAUGACGAAAAACACAUUUAGGCCUGUUCCUAAUCGUCUGAUGAUUGAGUUUGAUGCUGCCACUUUAGUUCAACAUAUCAAAACAGUGUCGCCAAUACUUUCUUAUAAGUUCUACUUUCUCAAUCAUGAUGCUAUGAUGGAAAGGCUGUACGAUAAGAAGAACCUUUCAGGUAGAGUGUUCUUUCUUUUGUUCUUCAUUGCCAAUCCGUCUGCAGUUUGAUAGUAACAGCAACAUUUUGCUGCAGAUGUAAUUGGACAAUUGAUUGACCAUGCCAGCCUAACCUAGCGAACCUCAGCUUCAAAAUGCUGGAAGGAGAUCACAAUAAAACUCAUUGGGUCAGAUCUAAACGCCUCAAUUUGCAAUUUCAAUUUGUUUUUGAUUGAUAAUUUGAACCUUAACUUUUUUUCUUUGCUUUGAUUCUUGGUAUUAUUAAUGUUAGAGGGGAGAUGGUGAAAGUCACUUUGUGGGGAAGUAUUGGGAAGCAAUUAGAAGACAUCAUCACUCGCAAUGAACGGACAGCUGUCAUUCUGACCAUUACCUCUGUGUUUGUUGAUGAAUUUAAAGGGGAAAUCUGUUUGUCAUCAACCGGAGCAACUCAGUUGAAGGCCAACUUGGAUAUUCCAGAGGUGCUUGAGUUUAAGGCAAGGGACUCAAAUCUGCCUGCACCUGUGCUGCUUCCUGAAGUACCCGCUGCCGAGAUUCCUAAAAUUUCACUAGCUCAAUUAAAUGAUUUCAAAAGCGAUGAAGCACAGAAUGACAAACUAUUUUCGGUUGAAGGAAUGGUGACUCAAGUGCGUCCUAAUUGGUGUUACAUGGGUUGUGUUGCAUGCCCGCGGAAGGUGGAGGAGGAUCUGGAGGAGUAUUUUUGUGGCCACUGUAAGACAACAUCUCGCAUUGCUAAAGCAAAGUAUAGAGUUAAAUUCCAGCUGAAAGAUGGUACCGGAGAGGCUGAUUUUGCCAUAUUGGAGCAUGAAGGGCUGCGCUUUUUUGGAGUAAUGGCUGAUGAGUUAUUCCAAUCAAACCAGAGGAACAAAGAAUCUCUUCCGCCCCAGAUUCAUCAGAUUGUAAACAUGACAUUGAAGCUAACUGUUAAAUUAACUGAAUUUAACAUCAUGAACCCGCAAACUGAGAUCUCUGUGGUCAGCAUUGAUCAUGAUCCUCUUCAGCAACUCAAUAAGGAUCUGUGUUCAAAGGACCUUGGAGGAGCAACCUCAGUUGAACAGAAAAUGGAAGCUGCAUUUGAUUGUGAGGCUGACGAUCAGAAGUAGUAUUGUUGCAACCUUGCUCCACCUAAUCACCUAUAUAUCAAACAUUCUGUUUAGUAUUAUUGUUUCGUCUAUGGGAUGUUCCGUUUUAUCUUUUUAUUCAGAUCCGUAUUGAAACUCAGGUUUUAGGUUAUUCCUCUUAUGUUUAGUAUGAAUUGUGAAUGAUAUUAUGGUUGUUUGCCUUCUAUGUUUCUCUAUCUGUUGGACAGUUUUAUUUUUGCUGUCAUUUCUUUGUUUUGAAUAAAUUGUGCAUCAUAACUGUCAAAGCCAUCAAAGCCAUCAUUCAGUUUUAGCUUUUGUCAGGGAUUACUGAUUUUGUAAUAUAAACAGGUUGUUUGUGU